GGAUUUGGUGCGGUCAGGUAUAUAACAUGCUUGGCGUUAUUCAUCUUCUCUGCAUCUUCACACUAUGGCAUUGAAGUCAUCAAGGAGAUCACUGAAUCUCUAUAAUUCAGUUCUUCAGUUCAAUCUCCCCCGAAAAUGUGUUGCAAGCAGUCCAGCUAGACUGUAUAAUCACCAACCAUAUCGCUUUACAUCCUUUCCCUCGCGCAAGAACCUCUUUCGGCCCUUCAGCAUUCUUCCCCAGCGAUUCAAUUCUAAAGCCACGGUUCAUAUCGACACGCUGGGUGGGGAAUCCGUGGACGAGGGAAAGUUGCAUUCGUUUAACCACAAAGUAGGAGAUUAUGUGGAACAGCAUGAUGUGCUAGCAUUUAUCGAAACCGAGAAAGUUGCAUUAGAAGUAUAUGCUCCCGAGUCAGGCGUUAUACAACAUCGCUUUGUUGAAGAAGGGGAUACCGUUACGAUCGGUCAAGCCAUUGCUGAGAUUACCGUUAAAUCCAAGCUUAGCAACGAAAGUAACUAAGAGCCCUUCGAGGAAAGAGUAAUGAAUUUGUUGAUAUGGCCGAAAUCAUUCUUAUAUAUUCUUUCUUUAGUUCUUGCCUUUCUAACUUUAGUCAUCACACCUUAAAAUAAAA